AUGCCCUCCCACUGCGACCAAGUACCCCUCUACCUCCCGCACCACGCACACCCACCCGCCCAGCGCUGGAACCCGGCCGACUUUACCAACGUCGACGACACGGUCCGCGGCGGAAAGAGCAGCAGCAACGUCAGCCUCGUCGCCAACACGGGCGAGCUCGAGUUCUCGGGCAACCUCGACAUCACCGCCCUCGGAGGCGCCGGUUUCGCAUCCCAGGCAAACGACCACGGCUUCCCCGUCAGACUCGACAAGGCGCGCUUCGAUGGCCUCCGCCUACGCGUGCGCAGGCAGGACCCCCGCAGCCCGCCUCGCCGCGUCCAGGCGUCCUCGUUGACCGCGUCGACCUCGUCGCCUCCCGCACCGCAGCCGGGCAACGUCACCCGCUACGUCGUCAACAUAAAGACCCAGGCGCCCACCACCCGCCCCGACGGCAGGAGGCAGAGCUCCCUCGUCUGGGAGUGGGACAUCCAGCUGCCCUGCCACGACCCAAACAGCUGCACCCCAGACGGCGCCACCCUGCCCCGCACCGACCUCGUCGACGACGACGGCGACGGCGACGCCUUUUGGACCUUUGACGCGCACUGGUCCGACUUCAAGCCCACCUACCGCGGCAGGCCCGCAGAGGACCCGGGCGAGUUCCUGCCCCAAGAGACGCACGAGUGGAGCAUCAUGGCCCGCAGCAACUUUGGCAAACAAGCCGGCGAGUUUGCCCUCACCAUCCACUCGCUCUCGGCCAUCGUCCACGCGCCCACCGCGCCGGCACCGUCGCAGCAGUCGCCGUCAAAGCGCCACCUGGACCUGGACCUGGUCGAUAUGGAAAAGGCCGCCGCCCUGCCGUCGUCGACGUCGUCGGGCGAGUACUACGGCUUUGCGCUCUUCAUCUUUGCCACGGUCCUCUACCUCGUCUGGACCGUGUGGGGCCUGACGCCCGACUGGGCGCUGCAAAAGGUCGGCGUGGCGUGGUACCCGAACCGGUGCGUGGACGCGGGUGCCCAGACCAAGGCCUAG